GUAUUUAAUGCUCAUUUUGAGCUACGCAGACCCAAUUAGAGCCCGCGCUCUACUAGACAACUCCUGGCAACAUCCAACGGCCCACAUAGUGUGCGAUCUUCCUAAUUUCCCUCACAUGGCUUGGGUUAACCCGGGGCUAUGGUAACAUUCACUCGCCCAUGUUGAAUCGCCGUCAAGAGGAAUCGAACCCCGGUCUCCCGCACAGAGUACGAGAGCUAUAACCACUAAUCUACGGCGCCACACUUCCUGAAAAUUCCUCAGUUUACGUCAAAAAAUUUUCCUUAAAGCUCCUUAUAUAUAUAUAUUGCAUGGAUUUGGCUUAUUUUCAGUGUUUUUAGUUUAUUUUGGGUGUAUUGUAGUUUUAGUAGGUAUAUAUGCAUUUUAAAGUGGAAUACUUUAUCUGGGUUUAUAGGUGUUGCUGAUAUUUCGUAGGUAAAAGUUCUGACCUCUCUGCGUGUCAUCUAAGCAUUUUAGUAAAAUAUCACUCCUGUAAAUGUGUAUCCUUAGGUUAUAAAGAAAACAAGACAAUAAUUUUAGUGUAAAUUUAUCAGUUUUUGCAAUAUCAACAUGGGAAUCUUGGAAAAGAUAAGCGAGAUUGAAAAAGAAAUUGCUCGGACUCAGAAAAACAAAGCAACUGAGUAUCAUCUUGGUCUUUUGAAAGCAAAACUUGCAAAGUACAGAUCAGAACUUUUAGAACCGCCAAAGGGUUCUGGAGCUAAGGGUGAAGGCUUCGAUGUUAUGAAAUCUGGUGAUGCCAGAGUGGCUUUAAUUGGUUUCCCCUCAGUUGGAAAGUCUACACUUCUAAACACUUUGACAGACACGAAGAGUGAAUCAGCAUCAUAUGAAUUUACAACAUUGACCUGCAUACCCGGCGUUAUACCAUACAAAGGGGCCAACAUUCAACUUCUAGAUUUGCCUGGAAUCAUUGAGGGUGCUGCACAAGGCAAGGGUCGUGGUAAGCAAGUCAUAGCUGUUGCAAGAACGUCAGAUCUUGUUAUUAUGAUGUUAGAUGCUGGGAAAGGUGAUAUACAAAAAGAGUUGCUGGCGAAAGAGUUAGAAACCUGUGGUAUACGAUUAAAUUGUAAAAGACCGAAUAUUUAUUUUAAAAUCAAAAAAGGAGGUGGCAUAGGUUUCAAUUCAACUCUUACCCUGACAAAAAUGAAUGAAAAAAUGGUGCAGUUAAUUUUACACGAAUACAAAAUAUUUAAUGCAGAAGUCUUAUUUAGAGAGGAUUGCACAGCAGAUGAAUUUAUUGAUGUCAUCCAAGAUAAUCGAGUCUACCUACCAUGUUUAUAUGUAUAUAAUAAAAUAGAUUGUAUAUCUUUGGAAGAAGUUGAUCGCCUCGCAAGAAUUGAUCAUACUGUUGUUAUCAGUUGUAACUUCCGAUUAAAUUUGGAUUAUUUACUGGAAAUGGUGUGGGAACAUUUAUCAUUACGAAGAAUAUAUACAAAGAAAAGAGGAGAUCCUCCAGAUUUUACCGAAGCUAUUAUAAUGAGAAAAGGUGCUUCUGUUGAACACGUGUGUCAUCGAGUCCAUCGUACAUUGGUCGACCAGUUUAAAUAUGCUUUAGUUUGGGGAACGAGUACCAAGUAUAGUCCUCAAAGGGUUGGGAUACAACAUGUGUUAGAUGAUGAAGAUGUUAUACAAAUUAUGAAAAAAUAAAAAAAAUUUUGAUACAUAGAA